AUGGAUUCCAUCGUGAAUCCUCCGUCUUCAGAAGCUUUGAUAUCACCCGUCUCUUCUCCAAUCAAGAAAAAUGUGAAGAUGGAGUCAGGCAGAAUUCGGAGGAUCGGAUACCCAGGUUCCCCUACAUCUGUUGAGUCUAAUGAUCAUGUAGAGACCCAAACAUCCUCUGCUCUACAUAACUGCCCUGUGAUCACCGACCCUGCACGAAAACAUGCUGAUGAUAAUAUCCCCUUGUCUGACUCUGACGUUCCUUCAAUUGAAGUUUUACCUACUUCCUUAAACCAAAAGGAACCCCCCCCCCUUUUCUCUAUUGUUUCAUCCAAGGGUCUGAUUGUUACCGAGGUAUCUCGACCUUUGUCAAGAGGUUCCAUUACCUCUGCUUUGUCUGUAGCCAAUAUUUUUCGCCAGAAGUUAUUUGGGGUUGGGCUUGGUCGUUUUCAGGCUACUACUACGGAAGCUACUAUUGUGAUUGUGAAUCCUUUUAACUUGGAAUUUGAUAUCACUGGAUCUUCGCUGAUGCUUAUAGACACUUCCUCUACUGAACCUUCUUCUGAUUCGAAUCCCCCUACUUAUAACGCUUGUCCCCUUUCAACCCUCUGCAAAUCUGCUUUGAUCUUGAUGGAAUUCAAGAAAAAAAACCAACGAUUUUGGGGAAUUACGUUGAUCCAGUUUGGAUCUAGAAAGGGGAAUGGUGAUGAUUAG